AUGGCGGAUUCGGAGUACACGGACGAUGAGACAGAAUAUGAGGGCCCCUCCUCUCAAGUCGUCAUCUGGGACGCGUUCUUGACACCUUUUCGCAUGCUAUUCUCCAAGACCGCUUUCCGCAUAUAUUUGAACACCCUCUUGUUCAUUGGCGCUACACUGCUCCUAGUAGGGAUUUCCGGUAUUGCUUACGGGAUCUUCUACCUAAGGUUCAUACCCACGGUCGGCGUUGACCGUGAAGUACAUCUGCAAUUUGGCGAUGCGAAUCCAUGGGGCACAGUCUCUCUCGAUCCCGAAUUCGUUUCCUCGCAACCGUACGAUGUUGCCGUGGCUCUCGAUAUGCCCCGCACGCCAUCCAAUCUGGAAGUGGGCAACUUCAUGAUUGAUCUGACCCUAUAUUCUCCUCAAACGAGCUCCGUGCUUCCCAAGUCCACCGGCUCCGUGAACCCGAUCUCGCAGUCGCGCCGCCCAGCCAUCCUCACUUAUAGCUCACCGAUGGUGGAUGUUGCGCGGAGAAUGGCGCGCCUGCCCCUGUAUGUCGUUGGCUUGCGUCGAGAAGCAGAGACGUUGGAGGUACCCAUGAUGGAGAAGCUUGAGUUCGCACGAGGCGCACGAAACCUGCCGCAGAGCUUGCGUCUUGAAAUCCAAAGCGAUGGAAAGCUACAAAUAUACUCUGCACGCGUGGAAUUUCGCGCGCGCUUUACUGGACUUCGCUGGUUCAUGUAUCGCUGGAAGCUCACGUCCUUUGUGAUUUUUAGUUCCAUGUUCUGGACCGUCUCGAUGGCUUCUGCUAGCCUAACCUGGUUCUUGCUGAAUUUGGUUUUGCGACCCGAGCUUGUAUCGACGGACGAAAUCAAAGAUGAGGAACACGACAACGUGAAAGAGGAGUCUGAGACUGAAGAUAUCGGCUCAUCCAGAGGAGCUGUCAAGGUCAAGGAGGAGCCUGAGGAAGAAGGAAGUAGCUCCUUGUUACAGAGCUAUCUGGCUGGUGAUGAAGGGGGCAUAGGCUCUGGACUGGAGGAUCCAGAAGGCCGAGGCUUGCAGAAACGACGGAGUCAUUUGUCGGAAUAUGACAGCUAG